AUGGCUGCUCCAGCUGUAGCUGAUAUGGGACAAGCCCCGACGAACGCAUUUCGAGAAAGUCAGGCGCCCAGAGCAGUGCUCCCCAAAUCGCAUCGCAUCGCAUCCACGAUUCCCGCGAGCGAUGGCACGCCGAGAGCCGCGACUGCGCUGCCGCUCAACCUGGUUGCGCUCAUCGUCUCCUAUCUGGACGACAUAGGAGAUUUGGCAAGAGUGUGUCGGACGUCAAGGUUGAUGUAUUACAUGACCCUGCCUCAGUUGUACCAAAAUGUGAAUCUCCAUUCAUAUGGCGAAAUGCGUUACAUCAAUGGCAGGCCGGAGGGUUUUGGGAGUGGCAGCCCGUUCAUGAUGGCUUUGAAUGGGCUGGUGACCAAGGGACAUGGUGCUUUGGUUAGAGACUUCCGUGUUUGGGGAGAAUGGAAAGAGACUGGUAUCGACGAUUUCGCCAAGGGAAGAGUGCCUUGCAACUCGAUGAUGCUCAACAUUCUCCUGCGAGCGGCCACGGACAAGAUGACAAAGCUGGAGUCUUUUUGCUGGGAGCUCAACUGCAAGCCCUUGAAGACCCUCUAUCAGGGCUUAGGUGCGCACAACACAUUGACCAGCUUUACGUUGAGAUUCCCAUCUACACGUGUUCCACGGCCAUCAGUCCUGAUUCCGCCUAUGUUCAACCUCCGCGCGUUUCGGGCAAUGGAUGUCGACCCAAUGUGCUAUCCGGACGAUAUCAGCAUGCUCAUGCUUCACUCGAAAAAGCUUGAAGAUGUGCGACUACACUUCUCUCCGCGCAUGCGAGCAGAGGCAGAGUCCAUCAUGAAUCUCAAUCUGUUCUUUGGAAGAUGUCACAAAGCUGGCUACAAGCUCAAGGUCAAGCAUUUCGCCCUCCAGAACUGGUUUGGACCGAACGUACUGGGCUUCGACCAAAUCUUCGAAACGGAAUCUUGUAAAAGCAUCACAUUCAUCGACACAUUUGGAGGCAACGAUCCGCGAACAGUUUUCGUGGAUGACACGUGGAAGGAUAUUCCGCAGGAUAUGAUGACUGCUUUCGAACGUGUACGAUGCAACGAGAUCUCGCCAUCACACAUCGAAAUUAUGCGCAAAUCCAGGGUGCAAAUGAAGGAGUUCUACAUUGUCAGCAACGCGAAACGCCCAAAAACAGGAUUCACACCACUCAAUGGAACUUCCGGCAGUCCGAUCACUCCAAGCGUAGACACACCACACGACGAAAAUGCGUCUCCGGAAUCGAUCGCGCUGGGUAAAGAUUAUCUGCACGCGAUCUCUCGUUUCCAUGGCGAAGCUCUAAGGCACCUGCUCCUCUCCGAUUUGUGGGCGAUCACGAAGGACGAGAUGGCAGACCUCGUGAGACACUGUCCGAACCUAGAGCAACUAGGAAUGGCGAUCGACAGCGUGGAUCACGAGUCCAUUCGCCUUCUAAUGCCCUUCUUGCCCAAAUUGAAGAUUUUGCGCCUCUUGAACAACGAACAAUUACAGCAACACUUACGAACGUGGUCGCACGAAGAGCGAAUGUGGCGUAUGGGCCUAGACCUAUCACGCAGGCCUCCCCCGUGCCUUCAGUUCGUCUGUAUGGCAGACUUUUGCUACAAGCUCGGAAGGAAUGUGGAAAUGAUGAAGGAUGACGGGACGAUUGAAACCCGAUACGAAAUGUCAAUGGUCGACAAGAAAGAGGCAAUGAUGUUCGAGAUUUGGAGAUUGGAUGCUCUGGACAUCAGUGUGGACCCAGUCGCGCCAUUUAAUACUUGA